AUGGCCAAGGAAGGCGUGGAGAAGGCGGAGGAGACGGAGCAGAUGAUCGAAAAGGAGGCAGGCAAGGAGCCGGCUGAGGGCGGCGGCGGCGGCGGCUCUCACCGCCUCGGGGACGCCCAGGAGAUGCGCGCCGUAGUGCUGGCCGGCUUCGGGGGGCUCAACAAGCUGCGGGUCACCAGGAAGGCCAUGCCCGAGCCGCAGGACGGCGAGCUCAAGAUCCGCGUCAAAGCCUGUGGUUUGAACUUCAUUGACUUGAUGGUGCGCCAGGGGAACAUCGACAACCCUCCCAAGACCCCCCUGGUGCCAGGAUUUGAGUGUUCUGGGAUUGUUGAAGCCCUGGGGGACAGCGUUAAAGGAUUUGAGAUCGGGGACCGUGUCAUGGCAUUUGUCAAUUACAACGCCUGGGCAGAGGUGGUGUGCACACCUGUGGAAUUUGUCUACAAGAUUCCCGAGGACAUGAGCUUCUCUGAGGCCGCUGCCUUCCCCAUGAACUUCGUCACCGCCUACAUGAUGCUCUUCGAAGUCGCCAACCUUCGGGAAGGGAUGUCUGUGCUCAUACACUCGGCUGGCGGCGGCGUGGGCCAAGCCGUGGCUCAGCUGUGCUCCACUGUCCCCAGUGUGACUGUCUUUGGAACGGCUUCUACUUUCAAGCAUGAAGCCAUCAAGGACUCCGUGACCCACCUCUUGGACAGAAAUGCAGACUAUGUGCAGGACGUGAAGCGAAUCUCUGCUGAAGGAGUGGACAUUGUUUUGGAUUGCCUCUGUGGAGACAACACCGGGAAAGGCCUCAGCCUUCUCAAACCACUGGGGACCUACAUUUUAUAUGGUUCAUCCAACAUGGUGACUGGGGAGACCAAGAGCUUCUUCAGCUUUGCAAAAUCAUGGUGGCAAGUCGAGAAGGUGAACCCCAUCAAGCUAUACGAAGAGAACAAAGUCAUCGCUGGGUUUUCCCUUCUAAACCUGCUCUUCAAACAGGGCCGUGCUGGCCUCAUUCGGGGAGUGGUGGACAAGCUGAUUGCACUCUACAACCAGAAGAAGAUCAAGCCCGUGGUGGACUCUCUGUGGGCCCUGGAGGAGGUGAAGGAGGCCAUGCAGCGGAUCCACGACCGAGGGAACAUCGGCAAGUUAAUUCUGGAUGUAGAAAAGACCCCGACCCCACUGAUGGCCAACGACAGCACAGAGACCAGUGAGGCGGGCGAAGAGGAAGAGGACCACGAGGGAGACAGUGAGAACAAGGAGAGGAUGCCCUUCAUCCAGUAG